GGCAGAAAAAAAAAGUUGGUUGUGUACCUAUCAAUAUUACUACGACGACGACGCCGACUGUUGUGGUCGUCUUCUUCGGUCUCCUAUUUUCUGUUCCUCUUCUCUACUUCUUUUCGUAUUCUUAGAUUUUACUGCUCUGUGGUCCUGGAGAUAGCCGGGAUAUACGUCCUGUUGGGUUGAACUCCACAAAAUACCGCAUUAUGGUCGCAGAUACUACGUACUACGAUGCCCUGGGGGUGCCUCCCACGGCAACCGAACUUGAGAUCAAAAAGGCAUACCGCAAACUUGCCAUUGUCACUCACCCUGACAAGAACCCCGGAGAUGAGACUGCGCAUGCGAGAUUUCAGGCGAUUGGAGAAGCCUACCAAGUCCUCAGCGAUGAAGAACUGCGAAAGCGAUAUGAUAAGUUUGGCAAGGAGGAUGCAGUCCCCGGUGGUGGUUUCGAGGACCCGUCGGAGUUCUUCAGCAUGAUCUUUGGUGGCAAUGCUUUCGUCGACCUUAUCGGUGAAAUUUCUCUUAUGAAGGAUCUCACCACUACGAUGGAUAUCACCAUGCAAGAGAUGGAGGAGGAUGAACUGGCUGCAUCCGCGGAGGAGAAACUGAAUAUCCACGAGGAAGACGCCAAAUCGGCGGCUGGCACUUCCGCGGAGGGCGCUGCUGCUACUCCUGCUCCUGCUCCUGCUGCUAGUGCAACCGCUGCGGAUGCUUAUGAAGAGAAAUCCGAGAAACCCACUGCAACGCCCAGCUCCGGCACAAGUACGCCUCGUCGCUACCUUGGUCAACAAGCCAUCAUGGACAAGUCAGAGGAAGAGGCACGGAUGGAGGCAGCUGGUCUGUCUGCGGAGGAGAAGGAGCUACACAAGAAGAGCAAAAAGAAGGGCGGUUUGUCUCGGGAACAGGAGGAGCGCUUAGCUGCAUACGAAUUGGAGAGAAAGAAGGCCCGCGAAGAACGAGUCAACACAUUGGCCACGAAGCUGGUGGACAAGAUCAGCGUCUGGACCGAAACGGACAAGGGCGCCGAUGUGACACGCGCAUUUGAGGAGAAGAUCCGUCUCGAGGUAGAGAAUCUGAAGAUGGAGUCCUUCGGUCUUGAAAUCCUGCAUGCGAUCGGUCAGACAUACGUCCAGAAAGGUAGCUCGUUCCUGAAGUCCCAGAAAUUCCUCGGUAUCUCGGGCUUCUUCUCCCGGCUGAAGGACAAGGGUACCCUCGCCAAGGAGACAUGGACCACCAUCUCAACAGCCAUUGAUGCGCAGAUGACUAUGGAGGAGAUGGCCAAGCUGGAAGAACGUGGUGGCGAAGACUGGACCGACGAGAAGAGAGCCGAGUACGAGAAGAAGGUCACAGGCAAGAUCUUGGCGGCUGCUUGGCGGGGUAGCAAGUUCGAGAUACAGAGCGUGCUGCGCGAUGUGUGUGAUCAAGUCCUUGGCGACAAGAAGAUCAAAUUGGACAAGCGUGUUGAACGUGCUCAUGCCCUGGUCAUUGCGGGUAAUAUUUAUCAGAAGGCGGAACGUGACCCCGAGGAGGAGGGAGACUACAUGGCGUUUGAGCAACUUAUGGCCGAUGCCAUGACGAAGAAGGGCAAGGAUGAGAAGGAGAAGAAGAAGAAGGAGAAGAAGUCCAAGCAUGAACACGUUGAAGAAUCCACCGCUUAGAUACCUGUUCUCGAUACAUAAUCGAUUACCCCUUGUGUUUUGUGCAUACCUUUCUGUGCCUUCUCAUCUCUUCUUUUCUUAAUGUACCAUUUUGUGCCUUCAUGCCCUAGCGUUGUCUGGUUGUUCAUGGGCGGAUUAGAUUGUUGGAUACCUGUUCUACCUCCAGUUGUAGCAAUCCGCAGCUUCACCUAUGGCUCUGGCCAAAAACCAUAUAUCUCGGUUGUAUGUAAUAAUACUAAGUUUUCUUACUCUCAAAGUGCUUAAUUGUUCUCAAUGCUGGAAUCCUUUCUGGGUACCUGGG